AUGUCCUCUGAGCCCAUUGUCCUUUACGACAUCCCCGGCAGCGAGUAUGCGUGCAUGUCAUGGUCACCGAACGUUUGGAGAUCGAGAUACGUUCUCAACUACAAGGGUUUGAAAUACAGGACGGAAUGGACUGAAUACCCCGAUAUCGAGGAUCUCUGCAAGAAAAUCGGCGCCCCUCCUACAGAUAAGAAACGCGAUGGGAGAGACCACUACACCCUUCCGGUCAUCUACGAUCCGAAUACGAAGUCCGUCGUCGCGGACUCAGACGAGAUUGUGAAGUACCUCGAGAAGACGUACCCAAACACACCCAAGCUCUUUCCCGAAGGAACAUCAGCCUUGCAGCAUGCAUUCCACCAGCUUGUCCGUCCUACCGUUAUGAACCCGAUCCUACACAUCGUCGUCGCUCGCGUGUGGAAGCUACUCCGUCCGAAGAGCCAGGAGUACUUCCGGGAGACGAGGGAGGUGUCUUUCGGGAAGAGGCUCGAGGAGAUCGGAAGCGAGGACGACUGGAAAACGCUAGAAAGCGGGCUCGAAAGGGUUAAGAACUGUCUCGAUACCAACGGCGAGGGCAAGAAUCUACUCCUCAUGGGUGAUAGGAUCACAUGGGCUGAUUUUCUGUUGGCGUCGGUGCUGAUCUGGUUGCGAGUAGCGGCUGGAGAGGGCUCGGAGGAUUGGAGGAGGCUCGUCAGCCUGCACGGUGGGAGAUGGGCCGAGUUUAUGGAGCAAUUCGCGAAGUACGAGUUUAUAGAUAUUAAUUGAGUUGGGUUCAUUCUGGGAUUCUGGCCCAGGGCAGUCCAGCGAUGUAGUUCUCGCGGUUGCGGGGUAAAUUUUCAGAGGGUCAAAUGAUUAUGUAAAUAGUUUGAGUGUUUCGAGAGUCUUGUAUCUCACUAUAAGUCCAUGGGUCGAUAACUCACGAGGAG